AUGCCACAGCCGGGGCUAGCCGUUGCGUUCGCACGUCCAAAAAAGGGGACAGACCAUCCUCUCAGCAAGCUGCACCAAUGGUACGAGGAGGUCCACAUCCCGGACAUCCUCGCGACGAGCGGCAUCAACGACGCAUAUCGCUAUGAGAACGUCGACCCCAGUUCCGAGUGGCCACUUCUGGCCCUGUAUCCCGUCGCCGACAUCGACUUCUUCUCGACGCAGGAGUUCAACUCGAUCCCUCCGCUCGGCAAGCACGUCUUUCCCGGUCCCAUCACUGAUCACAUUGAGUUUCAAGUGAGGCAGUAUCGGCUGACCCAAGUUUACGAGCCGCGGGAUAUUCGCGUCUUUGAAGGCGCCCCCGUCAUCGCCACGGCCGCCGUCCAGCCCAAAGCUGGCGGCGAGGACGACUUCGAUACCUGGUACCGCCAACAACACCUGGACAUGCUGUCCAUGAUCAUCCCGUACCGGGCCGCCACGCGCUACGAGCAGAUCGACCCUGCCAACAAGCCGCGCUAUCUGACCAUCCACGAGUUCGACAGCACCGACAUCCCCGGCGAGCAGAUCCGUCGGUCCACCACGACCGAAUGGGCCAAGCGGGUUUUGGGCUCGGUGCAGUCCAUGGAGGGGUAUACGUGGAAGCUGACGCGUGCGUACGGGCCGUCGACGACGUUCAAAGGGCUCAAGUUGUAG